ACAAAGUGUCCUGUGCACCUCCGUGCCGGAACAGGGGCCAGCAGAGCCCGUGCCCGCUGCCUCACUUGCCACCUGCAAAGACGCCGCUGAGAACCCGCUCCUCCAGGCCUGCCAUGGACUCCUCAGCCCCGGACGAGAUGCAGCCCGAACUUCCCCCUGGCUCUUCCUGCCCAGGGCCUGAGUGGCCAGAGCAGGAGAGGGCGGAGCAGCUGGCCCGAGGGGCAGCGCUGAAGUGGGCCUCAGGCAUCUUCUACCGGCCGGAGCAGCUGGCCAGGCUGGACCAGUACCGCAGCCGCGAGGUGCAGCGGACCUGCUCCCUGGAAGCACGCAUCAAGUCUGUAGUGCAGUCAUACCUGGAAGGCGUGCAGACCGGUGUGUGGCAGCUGACCCGGGCCCUUGAGGCUGUGCAGGGUACCCGUGAGGCUCUGAGCCAGGCCCGUGGUCUGCUCCAGGGUGUGACCCAGGCCUCACAGACCCUAGAGCCUCUGCGGGAGCAGGUUGCCCAGCACAGGCAACUACAAGCCUUGUAUCAGCUGCUGCCCCGGCUGCGGGCAGUGCCGGCUGCGAUGGCGCACACACGCACCCUGAUUGAUGCCCAGCGGCUCUUGGAGGCCUACGUGAGCCUGCGGGAGCUGGAGCAGCUGCGAGAGGAGACAUGGGCAUCCCUGGGGGGCCUGGAGUUGCCAGUCUUCCAGGGGCUAAGCCUUCUGGCAGAGGCUCUGGGCCAGGCUGUGGAGGCGGCUGCAGGGGCCGCAGGGCAGCUGGCACGGGAGGACCCAGCCCUGUUGGUGUCUGCCCUGCGGGUGGCCGAGGUGGAAUCUGGGCGCACCGCCCCACUGGGGCAGGCACCUCGGGACUGGCGGCAGCGCUGUCAACGGGCACUACAGGAGGGCCUGGAGAGGGUCCACUUUGGAACACUUCAGCUGCCAGGGCCAGGAGCGAUAGCAGGGUGGCUGGAGGCCCUGCGGGUGGCCCUGCCAGCUGAGCUGGCCACAGCUGAAGCACUGGUUGCACCCUGCUGCCCACCACACUACAGAGUGGUCCAGCUGUGGGCCCACACCCUGCACAGAGGCCUGCGCCGCAGCCUGCAGCAGCUCCUGGCACGGCCCGAGCUGGGAGCUGCUGACGCCUUUGCCCUGCUGCACUGGGCACUGCACGUGUACCUGGGGCAGGAAAUGAUGGGGAGCCUGGAGCUGGGGCCUGAGGCUGACCUGUCCCAGCUGGAGCCACUUCUGACCUUGGAGAAUGUUGAGCAGCUGGAGGUGACAUUUGUGGCCGAAGUCCAGGCAAAUGUGGCCCAGUGGCUGCAGAAGGCACUGGAUGGGGAGGUAGCUGAGUGGGGCCGGGAGCAGGAGCCCAACACGGACCCAUCUGGCCUCUACCACUCACCAAUGCCAGCCAUUGUGCUGCAGAUCCUGGUGGAGAACAUUCGCCUCACCAGCGUGGUCAGCGAGUCGCUGCAGCGGCGGGUGCACAGCAUGGCACUGUCAGAACUGGGCGCGUUCUUGAGGAGCUUCAGUGAUGCUCUGAUCCGAUUCUCGCGAGACCAUCUCAGAGGGGAAGCGAUGGCCCCUCAUUACGUCCCCUACCUACUGACUGCCCUCAACCACCAAUCGGCACUCAGCUCCUCAGUGUCCGUCUUGCAGCUAGACGGGGUGGCUUCAGUGGCCUUGGCUCCAGUGGAAGCCGCGCUGGACGAGUUGCAGAGGAGGAUCUGCCGCCUGGUGUUGGAGGUGCUGCUGGCGGAGCUCCAGCCCCUGUUCGCGGCUCUGCCCUCGCGCCAGUGGUUGUCGAGCCCUGAGCUGCUGAAUGGUGUGUGUGAGCGGACGGCGCACUUCUGCCGGGACUUCUGGCGCGUGCGGAACCCCGUGGUGCAGUCACUGCUGGCCGAGGCAGAGCGCGCCGUGGUGCUGCAGUACCUACGCGCACUGAUGCAGGGGCGCCUCGUGUGCCGCGGUGCCGACGAGCGAACCCAGGCGGCGGAGCGCCUGCGGCACGAUGCCGACCAGCUAAGGGAGCUUUUCCUCGGUUUGGGCCUGGAGGAGAGCUUGCACUGCGCGCCGGUGCUUCUCGCCUUGAGAGCGCUGCUGCACCAACCUGGACCCCCGCCCGCGUACGCAGACCACGCUCCACGUAUCCGCGCCAGCUCUGUGCUAGAGCCAGCGCCGCGCUAG